AUGGUGUUGUCAACAGUACCAUUACCCCAUGGUGUGUAUACUGAAAAAGGUGUGAAGUGUCUUGAAUCGUUCAAUCAAUCUCUCCACGGGCUUCCGUCGCCGGUCCGGUAUGUGUGUCACGAACAACGAGCUCGCAACAAUGCGAAAGCUCAUCCUUCGGCGCUAACACGUAUCGUGGCGUCCCGUACGAGUCACCGAUUAACAGGAAGUCAUAAGUUGCUUAGUCAUGGUGUCUGCAUGACAAUGGGCAAUCAAAGCACAGAGUGA